UGUUGGCUUGUCGUAUCGUGUAGCUAAUUAAAUAUGUAGACUUGAGCUACCUUGUAUUGAUCGCCACACAACAACGAAACAGUCAUCAGUACCAAAUUAUUUUGACGUUGUCUUAUUCUUAGGGAGUUUUUAGUUGUUUUCCUAAACAAGCGACGUACUUUGUUAAAGAAUGGAAGCUGCACCAAACGCUUGUGACGGCUGCGAAAAGGAUGAAAAGGUAGAAUCAUUUUGCGUCAAUUGUGAGCAGCUUUAUUGCCAGGAAUGCACCGCUUAUCAUAUGAAAUGUAAAACCACUCGUUCUCACGUCUUACUGGAUGCAUCACAUCUUGAUACAGAUAUAUCUCAUUCUUCUACUGAUGUCAAAUGUGGCAAUGAAUGUGGGGAGCAGGCAGCAAUUCUUUGUCUAGAUUGUAAACAGUUACUUUGUGGCAACUGUACACAGAAACAUUCAAGGCUUAAAGCAACCAAAGGACAUAUUGCAAUAACCGCAAAACAACUCGCUAGAGACGAAACGACCUCAUUAAUUUCCUUUGGUGCUUAUUCUGAAAGAAGAACUUCUGUAGUUUCACAUCCACAGGAGCUAGUGCAUGCACAAGUUCAAGUUGAGAAAGGUCCGCACUCGGGUAUGUUUACAAAUGAGUUCAUGAGUUCCGCUCCAGGAGACAAAGAAGUAACAAGAGUUCGUGGAAUAGUAAUUCUCUCCGAUGGCAAAAUUCUUGUUGCCGAUUAUAAAAAUCGAAGUUUGAAACUAUUUAACAGAGAAUUGAAAUUAGAAAUGGCAAAGGAUAUAAAAGAAGAUCCAAGAGGAAUGGCUGCUACUGCUAACGAUUUUGUAGUAGUCACUAUUGCCGAUAAAAAGGAAAUAAAAAUAUAUAAAGUCGAACAUAACAAGAUACGUACUCACAAAACGGUUAAAGUGAAAGAAAAACCUUACAGUAUUACUUACAAUAAAGACCACUUUGCGGUCGAACACGGUGAGGGAGAAGAUGGCACUAUUCGUAUUUAUGACCAAAACAUUAGAGAAAUAUGUGUCAUACCGGGUAACACCAGACACUUUGGACAAUUCACUGGCAAUACAAUACGACUUGCCUUAGAUUAUACGAAACAGGUCAUAUUUGUAGUCGACAUAGCAAAAGAGUCCGUCCAUUGUGUCGAUUUUAAAGGUGGGCUGAUCUGGACAGUGAAAGUGGGAAGUCCCAGGGGAAUUGUUUUCCACAACAACAUUCUGUUUGUUGCCAGCAGUGCAGAAAACAAGAUAAACCAGAUGAAUGCUGUCGAUGGAUUAGUCUACUCUAUGUUAGAUGAAGACAAUAGAAUUAAGCGUCCUCGGUACAUUGCCUACAACCCUGAUUCGAAAACACUUGCUGUUGAAAUCGAUGGGAACCAUAUAAAGCUUUAUACCAUUACAAAGUGUGAUAAAUGAAAUGUGCAAGUCUUACCAAAUGUAAAAGUAUGAGUUAACUGUUUUCAUCCUCUGAUAACUAUUUAUUUACUACUUAUCUUGCCAUCUACUACAUCAAGACAGAACGUAAACAAUCCUCAAAGAUACCAGGCUUACCAUUCUAGUAUGUACGUCUUGAAUUGAGUGAAUUGAAACAGUUGAAGGGCCAAAUCAAUUACGAAGUUGGAGAGCAUUGAAAACCUUAAAUUAUACUGUUUAUAAUGUUAUUUAUAAGUCCCCAAAAAACAAUUGGAUCAAAUUGGUUGGUAAAAAAUUUACUGAAAUACAAGCAUGCAGUAUUUUUCAAUUAGUAUCGCAUGAACUAUUUUACGCGUCACUUUUUGAGUAUAAUUGACCUUGAUAAGAUAUUAUUUUGUGUUCAGGUAUUUUACAUAAUUUUCAACGUAUAAAUAAUAUAUUACUUGCAGUGACUUGUUUAUGCUGCUCGAUUUAAUAUUUUUUAAUUUGUUUUGCUGUCUUCUUGUGGCAUUAAGUAAAACAUCAUACACAUGAGUAAAAUCAUACAUGUAACACAACACAAAAUCGUUAAUGCACUUUUGAAUAAUGUACGUAUUGACUACAAUAGAAAGAUUUAUAGAUUCUAUUUCAAUAUAUUUAUACAUGAA